CACUCGUUUUUAUUCAUUCAUCAGAUUCAAAAAUGGAGUGCCGCAUUAACACCCCCCUCCGAUGCCUCUCCGGUGUGCCGUUUUUCUCUUCUCUACACUUCCCACGAAGCCUUCACUCUCUCAAUCUCCUCCUUCCCUCUUCAUCUUUCAAUCCCAACAAGAUUUCUUACUGCUCAAAUUCUCGGCGCCCUAGCUGUAUGGCCGUCAAAUCCCAAACGACGAUGUCGGAGAAAUCGAUAUCAGAAAAUAGAAUGCUGGUGUUUGUUCCUCCACAUCCAUUGAUCAAGCACUGGGUUGCUGUUCUUCGAAAUGAGCAGACUCCUUGCCCCAUAUUUAAAAAUGCCAUGGCUGAGUUAGGGAGGCUGCUUAUGUAUGAAGCAUCAAGGGAUUGGCUGCCUACUAUAACAGGGGAGAUUCAGUCACCAAUGGGUGUUGCCUCUGUAGAAUUUAUUGAUCCAAGGGAACCAGUUGCGAUUGUUCCUAUCUUGAGAGCUGGUCUUGCUCUGGCAGAACAUGCAUCAUCAAUUUUACCAGCAACAAGAACAUACCAUCUGGGGAUUAGCAGAGAUGACCAGACACUUCUGCCUACUGUGUAUUUGAACAAGUUACCUGACAAAUUUUCUGAAGUAUCUCGAGUAUUUGUUGUAGAUCCCAUGCUGGCAACAGGUGGUACAAUAGUUGCAGCUCUUGACUUGAUAAAGGAGCGGGGGGUUGACAACAAUAACAUUAAAGUGGUAUCUGCUGUUGCAUCUCCUCCAGCCCUUCAAAACCUCAGUGAGAAGUUCCCUGGGCUUCAUGUAUAUGCUGGAAUCAUUGAUCCCAUUGUUAAUGACAAAGGGUUUAUAAUCCCGGGACUUGGAGAUGCAGGAGACCGUAGCUUUGGUACAUGAAGCCACCGUAUUGUAUGCCUAGCGAGGUUAUGUUUUCCGUCAUUGAUCUGUGAAAUUUUGAGCAUCAUGAUAGAGAGUACCUGCAUUUUUUCGUUUCCUUUCUUUUCAAUAGCAGAUUUGUUUUUUGGAUUGAUUGUUCAUGAACAACUAAUAGUGGUAAUGCAUCCAGGGGCAAAAUUCUGGAUAUGGGAUAGAUAUGUUGCUCUGAAAAUGCAAUUUUUGUCAUUGCCUCCAACUAAGGAUGUGUUUGGAUUUUGGAUAUGUGGAGUUAUUUGUGAAAGGAGAAGACAAAUAAAACAGGAUGCUGAGUUAAUCCAUGGUGUUGCCUGCAUAGUGAUGCUGAGAACAGUUCUUUGUCAUACGUGUUCUCCAUUAUGAAUGAACGGUGGUCGGCCCAUGUUCCUUGGGCAACUCAGGACUUGCUAGAUAUUAGGGAUAUUUUUGUUCUCUCGAUUGUGGGUGAUAGAGGAUAGUGCUAGCAUUGUGCCACUUGGACGGGUUCAAUCCGAGCAAUUCAAAUUCCGUCUGAAUUUUUUUAGGAUUUGAACAAGAUAUUUUUAAAUUCGGUAUGGGUUUGGGUAAAAAUUUAGAAGUCUAAAUUAAAUUUAGA